CGGCGUCUUCAAGCUUGUGACUCAGCAACAAUUUGCUUAACUCAUCCCGAAGACUCAAGAUAAGGCCUAUGUCCGCGACGUAUCCUCCGGUACCAACCCUACGCUAGCCCAUUUUAACAAGGCUGCGCUGGUGGCGCUGGAGCCUAUGCUUAUACAAGGGUCGGCGUUUCGGUAGAAUGGUCGAUGGAGUGAAUGUGCCUGCGUAUGUUGGUAUGUAGGAGCGGCAGCUAUGGUACCGAGGAAGAGAUAUAUAAAGGUGAGCCCGAUGGGCAGCUUGGAAGGACAGAACAAUCGCAGCCUUCCGUCCGGACAACCUACAAUCAACAUAUCCCAUCUAUCUCUUAACUCCCAUACGCAAACAAGAUGUCCACCAAGACCAUUGCUAUCGUCGGUAUCACGGGCAACCAGGGCUCCUCCGUCGCCAACGUCUUCCUUAACGAGCCCGGCUGGCACGUCCGUGGCAUAACCCGUGAUCCCAGCAAACCGUCAUCCAAGACAUGGACCGACAAAGGCGUCGAGCUCGUAGCCGGCGACCUCGACGACCUCUCAACUCUUAGGGCCGCAUUCGCCAACGCCGACGUCAUCUUCGGCGUAACCGACUUCUGGCAGCACAUGAAAGAUCCCGCCGUCCACAAACUGGCCGCUGAACGCAACAUCACACCCAACGAAAUCGCGUAUGAGCGCGAAGUCGCUCAAGGCCGCAGCAUCGUCGACGCCGCUGCUGCUAAUGUUGAGACGAUUGAACGGUUUGUACUGAGCACGGUCAAUUCGAGCAAGGAGUGGAGCAAAGGGAAGAUUACGUUUAAUUUGCAUUUUGAUGCGAAGUGGGUAGCGGUUGAGUAUUGUAGGGAGAAGUAUCCGGAGCUGUGGAAGAAGACGAGUUUGCUGCAGCUGGGUGUGUUUGCGAGUAACUGGAAGCAAGGCAUGGUGCCGAAGAAGCAGGAUGAUGGGACGUAUAAGUUGAGUGUGCCGAUGGGGGCGGAUAGGAAGUUGCCGAUGGUGGAUCCGAAUGAGGAUACAGGACACUUCGUCAAGGCACUCGUCGCGCUCCCCCCAGGCAAGAACCUCAUGGGCGCCGGCUCCUACCUCACGUGGAACGAGUGGCUUGCCAUGUGGUCGCGCCACAACAACGUGACUGCCACCUUCGAACGCCAGGAUCCCAAGGAGCUGGAGCAGUAUAUGGGCACUGCCGGGCGCGAGCUCGCGGAUAUGUGGCAGUAUAUUGAUGAGUUUGGGUAUGAUGGCGCCGAUCCGAGUGUAGUUUAUCCGUGGGAUUUGGGCGUUGAUGUGAAGUAUACGACGAUGGAGGAGUAUAUUAAGAGGCAGGAUUGGAGCGAAGCGUUGUAGAGGUAAAAGAGGGGAUGUUUUUGGAGUUCAUAGCGGAGAG